AUGCCUCUCAUAAACGACAUUCACGAAUCUCUCCCAUACAUUGACGCCGAGCCCACUCCACUCGAACGAGCCGCUGCCGAAUCACUCAUUACCACCUAUUUAGAGCCCGCCUCAACAUCCACUCUACACCCCUCUCUCCCACCCCUCUCACCCUCCAACCUCUCUCCAGCCCUUGCUGCUGAACACGCCUGCAUAUCUUCCUCCACACCUCCACCACCUCUAAACGCCAUUGACCUAAGCCGCUACGAAACACUUUCCCCCUCCGAAUCAUCACUCCCAGCUCCAACCCUCCUCUCCCAAGCCUACACCUCUCAAACCUAUCUCAAGACGCGUCUCACCAACCUCUCCUUACUCGAUCAGUUUGGUAAAAAUGCUUGGUUAAUUGGAAACGCGCAGUUGGAAGAUAUAUUAAAGGGGUUGGAGAGAGAAGUGGCAGCCAAGAAAGAUGAGAUUGAUGUUGUAGUGAUUGGGAGAAAGAACGCACAGGACGCAGUGGAGGCGGAGAUGAGAGGCUUAGAGGAAGGGUGGAAGAAGGGCGUUGGGAGGGUGUUGGAGACGGAGGUGGCGGCUGAAGGUGUUAGGAGGGAGAUUCUGGAGAGAAGAAGGGCAGGUGCUAGUUGA